AUGAAUGAGGCUUUUUCGAAUCUGGACUUCGACGCGGAUCAAGAAGACUCCGCACAAGAUGAUGCCGAGCUUGAUGAUUUCGGAGUGGACUUCAGAAUCUCCAGCGGGUCACUGCUGGAAACGAGCAUUGCUGGCGCAGCCCUGCUGACCGCAGAAGUUGCUGUAAGCUCUUCGGAGAUGGUUGCAAGGACGCGAAUGAAUGUGGCCAUCAGUGGCCUUGUUGCGAGCACCAAAGAAAUUACGCGCCUACUGAAGGAUGAGGCCACGGAAGUGCUCAAUCUACUGGAAGAGACCGAGGCAGCAAGUUCAGAUUACAAUCGAACUCCGACAGAUCAGAAGGUCAUUGAUAAGGCCCUGGAAGUGUCGAAAAAGAUGGUGGAUGUUCUUGGAAAGGCCAAAGCAAGUGACGCUGCCAUCAAAGAAAAUCUUCGACAAACAGGGGAUCCAUUGGUCUACGAUGAUGGAGUCAACAUCUCUGAGGACACAGAUCCAGGGAAAGAAGUGGGAGAGUUGACGGAAGGCAUUGCCAAGUUGGCGAAGCGGCGUGGUGACGACAAGAUGCUCAAGAAAACUGAGGGAAAGCUUUUGGAGCACAUGUCUGCGGUUCAGAACAUGGUGGAUGGAGCCCAGGACACUGCUGAAAUUCCAGGUGAUGCUCGCGAAGUUUUGGACGACACAGAGGACGACAACCUCACCGAAGUGGCGAACGAUUUGGCUGUUCAGGCGGCAGAAGGAAAUGACGAAGCACCAGAAAACUGGGAGGUGGAAGAGCUGGAUGUGGAUUCCAUGGAUGCCUUCACUCGAGCUAAGCUUUGCGAAUUUCUUCCCAGUUUGGACUGCAAUGCUUGUGGCGCCAAUGCCAGCAGUUUGGCAGAGUAUCAAACCUGCGUGGGGAAUGAGAUCAUGCUUUACCAAAAGGAACGAAAACAGAAAGAGCUGAGGACAAAAUACGGAAACGAGGUGGAGCAGACUGUAGAGAAUCAGAAGAAGAUCAAGAAACUCAAGCGAGGGGCACUUCUGGCUGCACAUGACGCAUUUCAGAUUUGGGGCGUUCACCGAAACUGGGCUCGUUGGACUUCCGAUCCAAUGUGGCCAUUGGAAGCUCUGAAAGGUGAGCCAGCGAAAGCUGGAUGGGAUGCCUUCACCGCGGAUUCCCAGGCCAUUGUCUCAACUCACCUCGCUGACUUCCAGACCGAGGCAGUGGCAAUUGCCCAGGAGGAAGGCAUGGCCUCUGCCGAUACCGUCUAUGCAGAUCACUUGGCACACCAUGUCGAUGCAGCCACGGAGUUGCAGACUGGAGCAGAAGAUCUUAUGGCACAAGGAGCUGAGUUCCAGGCUAGUGGUAGUGAUAUGAUCGGAAACGCCCAGAACAGUAUGGCAGAAGCUCAAUCCAUUCAGGCAGACAGCGCGGCUUUGCAGGAGAGAAUGCAACAGACCGCCCUUGACCUUCAGGUUGAGGUUGACAAGUGCCGGCAGCCCAUUAAUCCAUUGACUGGGCAAACAUCAUGCAAUCCAGAUGAAAUUGCACGUCUCACCGGAGAGAUGGACACCCACCAGGAAGAGGCAUCAGACAUUGCCGAUCGUGGGUCUGCACUGGGUGAGGAAAUGCAAGCGCACUCUGAGGAGGCUCAGGAAAUGGCCGCAGAAGCUGAAGCCAUGGCAGCAGAUGCCGAAGAAUUGAAAAACCAGGCCAUGACGCUGAAGGACGAAGCGAUGGCAGAGCUUACCUCAUCAGAGACCUUGAAUGCCGUGGCCGAUGAGCUUGUGGACUGCGCAAAGCGCAUUGCCCAGAGAGUGUUGGAGCUUGCUGCUCAGACAGCCAAGUCCAUGACCGAACAGAUCCUGGCCUUGGUUCCGGAUCUUUUCUUUGCAUGCUUAGAGGCAGCAUUGGACAUCAUUACCGGCUUCGGUUGGAUUAUCACAGCUGCUCGCUUGAGCUACAAGCUGGCCAAGUACGCCAGAAAGAAAUGGCGCGAGUGGAAAGAUUCCAAGAAACAAACCCUGUGUGGAAAAGAUCCCCAAAUGGACUGCUGCGUCAACAACGUGAUGGCCUGGUACGACAAGCAGGUCAAAGUACAGCGUGAGACAGAGGCAGAGUUCCGAGCAGAUACCCAGGCUUUCCUGGCAAAGUCCUUGAACUAUCCUGAUCAAUGCACACCGUGGUCUGUGACCAUGUUCUCAGAUGCAACCGACGAUGAGACCUUGAAGGUGCUGAUUGCUCGCGAGAUCGAAUCAGGGGCUCCAACGAUCUACACCGUUGGUGCCAGGAUCUAUGGCAGAUUCGGCAAAGGCUUGUUCCGGCGGAAGUUUGAUGUCCGUUUGGUGGUCUCUCGGAUGAGUUUCCUGGUGGAGUUCCCCAAGAAGAAACGCCAGAAGCGGGCAACCGUGCUCCGCUACAAUGCAGGCUGCGAGGAUUUCCUUCCAAUGGCUGGGGGCCGACGGGACAUCAAAGGACUGCGCAUUUUGAAGGCCAAGAGCAAGAAAGCGCCGCAUGGAGUCGUGCUCAGGUUUGGCAAAGGUUUCUUCAGACAAAGAACCUAUGAACUGGUGGAUGAGAAACAGUCUCCCUGUGCCGUGGCACAUGCUAUGUGCCGAGCUGCAUGUUACAGACCGGAAACAUGUGACAACUACAUCGAUCCUGAUGGCUACAUUGGAUUGGACAGCAAAGCGGCUCAGGCCAGCCAAAAGAACCUGCUGCCAAUUUGUGCUCCGGUAAAGGGACUAGCAAAGGCCAAUGGGGUGACGGAAAGCAAUACGUCCAGUGACACCAAACUGGGUCCAACUGCUUUGCGGCCAUUCGUUUGGCAGCACUUGUUCAAAGAGGGCAAAGAUGAAGCAAUGCCUCGGACCGAAGCCUUGGCUUAUGCAGCUGCGGUUUGUGACAAGCACGUUCUUCCAUUUUGGUCGUGCGGCAGCGAAGAGUGCUCACUCUGCCAGGGAGUGGCCUCAAUGUAUACUUCAUCGCAGAAUCCAGACGAGUGGUGCAGCACCUUCAAACUUCCAGACAGCGAGAAUGUGUCUGCAUCCUAUGCUCGAGAUCUUGGCCGAUAUUUCAAAUGCCACUAUUUGGCAGGAUAUUUGGGAAGCACCGAUGACAAGCGCCGACUAUCUGGCAGAGAGUCCACAACAGAUGAGGUGUGCUCAGCACGCACUUUGUGUUCGGAAGAGAACAGUCGAUUGCCAAAACUGGACAUGCGACCGGGCUUGCAGAAAGGCACUGACGCCUAUGCGGAUUCGCAGUGUCGCAUGUGCAUAGAAUUUGUUCAGCGUGCUGCUGCUGGCAUGAGACCCAAGAAGUUCUGCAAGGCCAUACCAGGGAUGUACGCUCAGCAGAAGAUCUUCUGUGAAGGCACUUUGAAUGACAUGAUGGAUGCAGUGCCUGGUAUCAAAGAUGCCCAAGAAAGGUCAACCUUGGGCAGUUUGAUCUGGGGAUGGACCAGCAAACUCACCGGGAAUGUGUGCAACAAGUACUGCCAGCCAUUGGUGAAGCGGAAGCCUGUGGUGCGCGAGUCGCUGAAGAAUCCAUCUCCAUUGCUCUUGGCGGGUCAGGAUACCUUGCCAGCGCCUCCUGGGAAGGUCACUGAGACGAUGCAGCUGCAGACGGAAGCGCCGGAGGAGAUCGUCAAAUCGCCCUGGAUGCAGCGGGCCAUGAAGAGUGGAAGAGUGUCUCUACGAGGCUGCCGUUGA